AAUGGAUAUUAGGCUUUAAGUAUCUAUAUACAUUCAACCGAUCUGGAAUUCCUAGAUUUAACAGAUGAAAGCAAACACAUCGAUCGUCAUUUGUCAUUAGUAUUUUUGCAAGUUGCACCAGACUAGCUCCAUGAUUUGAUUCGACUUAUUACCUUUUAUGACUUCAAUGUUUUACUUUAUAAGUACGAGCUUUUAAUCAAUCAAAAAAUAGAAAAUAAAAUAGCCAUGGAUCUGAAAAGCAGACUUCUUUUUGAUUUUGAAGUAGCAGAGGAAGAAAAAAAGGGAAACGUUUUGAGAAAAUGUUCUGCAGCAUCAACAAAUCUGCGUACAAGUGGAAAUAAGUUAUACAGAAGCAAAAAUCAUGAUAAAAGAACUCAUGAAAACAUAUUAUCCCUAUACUCAGAAAGCAUCGCUUUUGCCCCAGUAGAUUCUGAGGAGCUUGCUCUAGCGUAUAGCAAUAGAUCAGCUCUGUUGUUACAUUUGCAUUAUCCAGAAAAAUCAUUGAUCGACAUUGUCAAAGCAUUGGGAAUUACCAAAUCAACAUAUUUGAGAACCAAACUCUUAUCGCGAAAAGCAAAGUGUUUGGAACUCAUAAAAAAGUCUGCUGAUCGAGAAGAUAAUAGUUCUGAUGAAUUAAAAAUUCCAACAUUCACCCCAUCAAAGCAACUUCCAUGUGUUGCUGACUGCGUGAAAGUUGAUUACAACAAGCAGUUUGGUAGGCACAUGGUUGCAACUCGUGAUAUUGAGCCUGGUGAAGUGAUUAUUGCUGAGACUGGCCAUGUUGUAUUUCCUAGUGGAGAGCAGAUGUAUCUCAACUGUUCUAACUGUCUGAGAUUAGCUUGGACUGGAAUUCCUUGUGAUUUUUGCGCUUUUGCUAUUUUUUGCAGUGAGACAUGCAAAAAAGAAGCUUGGAAUGCAUAUCAUGAUAUAGAAUGCUGCAUAAUGUCACAUGUUUUUUUAAAACAUACGGAAAAAUCAUUUUGGACUCAUGUCAUGAUUGUAGCUAGAAUAUUAAUAAAAGCAGUUAAAAGAGAAGGACUGAAAAAUAUUUUAAGUACUGCUGAAUCCAUGGAUAAACAAGAUAUUUGUGCAAAACGGGUUUGGUCGAAUGAUGGUUACAACUGCGCUACAUUUAGAUUUUGCUAUAGUUUAUUAAGUCACAACAAUUGUAUGGUGAAAGACUAUGGAUACAUACUGAACCUUCAAGCAGAAGUUAUACUGAAAUUAUUAUACAAAUAUACCAGCAUUUUCAAUACCUUUCAGAAAAGUGAUGUUAGAGAAUCCAGUGAUGAUACAGGAAUUUUUUUAACUACAAAAAAACUAUUUGUCAAACUAAGAAAUAUUGUUAAUGCCAACAUUUUUGGUUAUCAGAUAAUUGAAGAUGAUCGUUAUAAUGAUAAAAACAUUAUACAGCUGUCAGAACUUACUGUCAAAGGACUACUUCUAGCUCCAUGCUCCAGUUUUAUCAAUCAUAGUUGCUAUCCAAACGUUAGUAAAAUAUUUAUGCCUAAAGGGAAAAUUGUAAUGAUGUCUGUGCUUCCUGUUAAAAAGGGUGAACAGUUGUAUUGCAAUUACGGAACAAAUUUAUCUGAAGAAACGAAAGAAAGACAAUCGUAUUUACAAUCGAAUUAUUUCUUUAAAUGUGAAUGCCUACCUUGCAAAAACAAUUGGACUUUUGAAAGCAUGCGCAAAAUAGUACCCACUUAUGAUCUAAAUAAUGAUUUAAAAUUUAUAAAAGAGUUUAAAAAAAUGUAUUCAAUGCGUCUUAAUGGAGAAUCUAAGGACUGGCCUAUUGAUCCAGAAGCAAUCAAAGAAGCUAAAGAUAUCUGUAAACUGAUUCAAAAGUAUUUACAAAGUCACAUUUUACCGCAAUAUUCUAUGCGAUAUGCAUUUUUCUUAGAAUGCGCAUUUAGAAAGCUUUACGAAGAAAAAUGCAGUAUACCUCAUUCUUGUUAAAGUUUUUUAAAAUCUUCUGAUUUUUUUUAUGCUUCAUAUUAUAUUUAUUGAAUCAUUAAAAAGCCAUAUAUAAAUAUGGUCUUUAUACUAUUAUCAGCUUUAUUAUUUGCAUUUUCUUAUUCACUAAUGUUUUGCUUAUGUUUUAACAUUAUAAAUAUAUGCUUCGCUAUUUGUUUAAAGUUAUGCAAAUAAAAUUUCAAAUUUGGACUCUGUAAUUAUAUACAUAAAAUACUUCUAUCGGGCCUAAGUAUAUAAAUAAAUAAAUAAAUAAAUACCAAUAUACCUUACCAGUUCCUCCACUUUUUACGAAAUUAUUAGUAUGAUUUAUUUGGAAAACAGCUUUUGAUACAGAAAAAACGUAUUUAUAAUGAGUUAUUGGCAUAUUUUUUUAGCUCGACCAACUAUAAUUGUUAAGAAAAGUCGUUUAUUAAUUCUAAAGUGAAUAAACUUACAAAAACCACCA